AUACACCUCGUGCGCGAAAUUCAGAGCUGUCAUUUCUUUGGAGAAAUCCCUCGUAGCGUUCUGUUUCUGUGAACAAGGAUUUAGUGAAUAUGUCUGAGACAGAGGACACCCAUGAAGAGGGGGGAGGAGAAGAAGAAAUGGAAAACGAUGACCAGCUUGGAGAAGAAGAGAGCGUAGAAGAAGAAGAGAAAAUUCCAGAUAAUCCUCUGACAGAAGAAGUUAUUGGAGAGUCCAUUUCAUUGCUAUGUAAAACUGGUGAUGGUCUUGCUCAUGCCUAUGUUAAGCUGGAUGUUAGUGGGAGGGAGCUAACGGAUAUCUCUCUGCUUAAAAUGUUCAUUCAUCUUCGCUACGUGGACGUCUCGCGCAAUAACCUGAGGGACCUUUCUCCAUUGAACACCCUGUCUCAUCUGCUGACACUAAAGGCUGAUUACCUAAAGGCUGAUUCCAAUUCCCUCACCUCUGUCAAACUGGAAGGGAUGCAGUUCUUACAGCUGGCCAGUUUUAACAGCAAUAACAUUAAAAGUGUAGAGGGUAUUUCAGAGAGUAACUUACCGCUACUGGAACACUUGAGUUUAAACUUCAAUGAAAUUUCCCAAACAACUGGUAUGGAUGCCUCAAAGUUACCCAGGCUUCACACGCUGGAGAUGCGAGGAAACAAGCUUGAGACCACUAGUGGAAUUUGCCUGCCAAACUUGAGAAAUCUCUUUCUGGGAGCUAACACAAUCAAGAAUCUGGAUGGUUUAGAGAGGUUGAAAAGUCUGACCACUCUACACAUGAGGGAUAACCAGCUUGAGAGUUUGAAGGGCUUCUCAGAGAACCUAAAACAACUUCAGUAUGUCAACUUCAGGGGAAACAAUGUGGCCAGCAUCAAAGAAGUGGGACAUUUGAAAGUGUUACCUAUGUUGAGAGCUCUUGUGUUAGCUGAGAAUCCCAUUGCUGAGGAGGAUGAUUAUAGACUGGAAGUGCUGAUUGCUCUCAGAAAGAUUGAGAGGUUAGACAAGGAUGAGUAUACAGAUGAGGAAAGGACAGAGGCAGAGGAGAUCCACGAACAGCGGAAACUCGAGGAGACAAACGAGCAGGAACAAGAGAAAGAGGAUGUAAAUGAGUCUGAGACUGCCCAGGAUGAGAGCGCUCCAGAACAGUAGUUACCUCCCUUUCUGUGGGAGUGUAUACAGCCAUUGAAGAAGAAGAAAGGAGGCAUUGGAGAAGAAGAGUGACACAUCAACCAACAGAAUAUAAAGAGUACCAAACUUCAUGGACCAAUCAUCAUUUCACAGCAGCAAUUCAAUGGCCUAGAUUCCUUGACCAGAUGUGACCAGUACAAUUGUUUACAUGCUUGCAAGAAUGAACAAUGCGGUUUGGGUGGAUGUUUAGGAAGUAAUUUUGUGCUACCAUUAAAGAAAAGGUUUGAUUAGGUUCAUUGUGAAACAGGAGCUGACUGUGAAAAAAGUGAAACAGUACACAAAUGUUUUGAAUGGAUAGACUAUUUUACAUACUAAAGCCUGUGAAGUUCUCAUGAACAAGAACUGUUUCUGUGAGUACCCUUUGGACAAAUAACAGUGGUACUGUUGCUUCCAGUCAUUUGGUAUUGGAAGAAAAAGUUUGUGUUCACUGACUGCUUCUUGAUGAAACCUAUUCGCUAGAGUAUUGUGUAUGAGCAUCUUGACUUUGCAUCUUCAUCACCUGACAGUGUAUUUUUUACUCAUCAUGAACAGUUACUUCUGACAAGUUCUGUGAGGAAAUAUGUGUCCUGUAAAAUAUGAUGGUUAAAUUAGUUACCAGGAAGUUAAAUAGAGUGAAUUAGUCCUUAAUAUAACUGAAAAUUCUGUGAUAUAUUUUGUUGUGUACAUAUAUUGACAAUUUUUAUUGAUUAUGUGGACUUAAUCAUUCUUCAGUAAAGACAUUUUAUGACAGCUGAAUGUGUCUUGGAUUGCUUUGUUUUUCAUAAUACUUACUCACAAGAAUAACCAGGUUCGGUUUGAAACAGUUUUAAACAGUGGCAAAGAAACUUUUGACAUUUCCACAAAUAAUGUCAAACUAACCUAAAGCUACUUCUGAAUUUAAGCUGCUUUUAUGGGGCAGCACUCCUAACCACAAAGCAUACAAGUUGUGGGUUCAUUCCCAGCUUUGGAUAGGACAGUUGGUGGAGGCCUUGGUGACAAUAGGAGGUUAACACUGCUCAUGUGUCAGAUGUCUUCCACCAAUAUGGCAUGUUAGUCUGUACACAACGCAUGGGGAAAGUUUGCCAGUAGCUUUAUAGUUUUACUGUGGUUCCAGUUGGAAAAAACAUAAAUAUUACAUAAAGUUCUAAUGAAAGAUUCCGAAAAGUUAGUUGUAAAUGUGGUUGUCAAUAUUGUUUUUUGAUUUUUCUUCAAAGACUUUUCCCUAAAGAGAAAAAGACACAUAAAAAUAAUUUUUGUAUGGUGGGUAUUUGACACCAUCUCUUGGUAUAUAUUGUCUUUGCAUAAUAAUGUUGUAAAUGAGCAUGUAACACAUGCUUAAUAAAUAUAUUUGCACUUGGAAUUGGUCUUUUCAACUAACGAAUGUGUUCUACCUGGAUUUUGAUCAUAUUUAUGUUUGUAAUAUAUUCAUAAAUAUCACAUUUCGGAUUAAAUGCAUGUAUUUGGAUAUAAACAACGAAUUUACAUUCAAUUUAUUAGACAUGCCUCACAGGCUUGUUUAGAGCAUUAAUAUGGAGAGAUAAUAUAUACUUAGAGGUGAUCCCAAAUGCCCACUGUACGAAAAUAGUUUCAAAUACCCUUAUCUGCUGACAGAAAAAUUGAAAAAAAUAUUAA